AUGAGCAACUCCCUCGACAUCGACAAUGCGACGCUCGCCGGGCUGUUCUCCAGCUCUAUUCUGUACGGCGUCUUCCUCGUCUUAUGUGUCGGAUGCCUCCACGUUCUCUUACCCGGUUGGAAGCUGGAGCGUCCCAAUUGGCUUCUCGUGGUCGCCGCCGUUCUGAUGUUCAUCCUUAACACGGCUGUCCUUGCGCUAUCAUUCUCCAGAACACAGGAUGCGUUCAUCUAUUGUGAUCCUGAUGCACUCACUGUCGAAAUGGAAGGAGGUGACAAGGACGACAUUGACGCCCGCGUACAUGGGUUAAGCGGACACACUACUCAUCUAUCACUGUUGGAUCGUCUGGAAAAGGCAAUUUGCGCGGAUCAAGCUGCAGGCAUUGCGCUCUCUCCUGAAGGACCCGACGGUAUCUUCGGACCGUCAAUUGCUCCCUGGAUCACGGCCGUCCUGGCCAUCACACUCUUUCAAAACUUACUGGUAACGUCUCUCAUCGUAUAUCGGAUCUGGAAAGUCAACUCUAGCAUCUCGGGCUCAGGCGGCACUACCGUAUUCGUUUGGCUCAUGACGUACGUUGCGACCAGUCCAUCGGAGUACGUUCUAGUCGACUGUAUCAACCCUGCAAUCGGCAUCACUUAUUGCCUCCUUGUUAUCCGCGUGCGCACGAAGGGCACCCCCACCGCGCCUGAAACAAGCGGCCGCAUCUCUGGUGGUCUGACGAACCAAUCUCACCCCAUGCAAGUGAUCUCAGUCGAAGUUCAUCGGCAAUAUCACACCGAUCCCAGUCCGGCACGCGAUUCCGUGUCUGAUUUAGGGUUAAAAGACAGUGAACAACGGAAGACGGGGAUAUACUUCGACGAGUCUCGAGUGUGA